GUGGCAAACGAGUAGCCUCGGCUCCCUGCCAGGGCUCCAGUGGAUCUACUUUUAUUUUGAAGAUUGGCCAGGCUAAUGUUAACUCCCUUACCAGGAAGGUGCCAUUCGUUCAGGAAUUCCUUGUCGAUCAUGGACUUCACCUUCUUGCUAUUACUGAGUCUCAUCUGCUGCAUUCAAUGCCUGACAGUUUUAUUACCAUUCCAGGUUACCACAUUGUCCGGAACGAUACACCAGGAAGAUUCCCCAAACAUGGCGUGUGCCUCUACAUCCACAGCUCAGUGAAGUUUGAUGAAGUAAAUAAGCCAUAUCAGAAUGUGCUAGCGGUCCGCCUUCCUGACUUUAACCUGCAUGUUGCAGUGGUAUAUCGGCCACCAUCCUCCUCCUUGGAGGACACAGCACACAUAUAUGACUUUCUGCUGGCCUUCUGUGGUGACAGGGAAGUCCUUCUGGGGGACUUCAACUUACCUACGCUGUCCUGGGAGAGUUCUUGUCCGAUAUCUCACGCUUCCUCUUUUGACAGGCAAGGCUACGAAGUAUUCAUGUCUCUGGGGCUUACCCAGUGGGUUAUCGAGCCCACUUUCCCACGUUCGGGCAAUAUACUGGAUCUUGUCCUGUCCACAGAUGCAGACAGAGUUGGAUCUGUUCAGGUACCCCCUCCCUUACCCGGGUGCGACCACUGCCCGAUACUAUGCACUUAUGUGUUUGACCUUGAGACGUCUCCUUCGCAGAUCGCCCCUGCUAAGUACCGGAAGUGGCAGAAAGGCAAAUACAACAUCCUAUCGCGUGCCUUAUACGAGGUUGACUGGGAUGCAGAGUUUACAGCGCUUGACAUCGGUGGCGCGUAUACCCGUUUCGUGAAUGUCCUGAUGCCCCUUGUUGAUGAAUGUGUUCCCCUUGCCCCACAGCAGAUCUCAAACAGGCUGCCAUGGAAAACUAACCCUCCUCGACCUCACAGGUUAAGGAACAGUAAAAAGGAAGCUUGGGCAAAGUAUAAGUCUGUCCGCCACCGCCUUGGCAAAAGCUCUGUCGCAGCAGAGGUAGCCUUGAGAGACUUUUUCAAGGCAAACAAGCAGCUAAGAUCAUUUGCUACUGAGUCUCAAGUCAACUACGAGCUUGAACUACUUAAUGAUCUUAAGACACAGCCCAAACGUUUUCAUGCUUACCUUCGCAGGAAGAAAGUUGGUUGUCCCGGAGUCGGCCCGCUACAGUUACCUGACGGGAGUCUCUCAGACGACCCAGAGUUGAUGGCUGAAGCUUUCGUCACUGCAUUUGCCAGUGUUUUCACACCCGCCCUGCACAGCCCUUCCCUUCGUCGCGGCCCAACUGAUCACCAGUCUGUAUCCAGCCAGAUGCCUCCACUCUACGUCAGUGCCCAGGACGUGCUCUCCUCCCUGCAGUGCCUGGAUGCUUUCUCUGCGGCGGGAGCGGACGACAUCCACCCCUGCCUACUAAAAAGGUGUGCCUCAGCUUUAACUUACCCAUUAUUACUCCUCUUCCGUCAGUCGCUGAGGGAAGGCCGCUUGCCUGUCCAGUGGAAAUCGUCGGUAGUUGUGCCAAUUUUCAAAAAAGGCUCAAGGUACCAAGCCCUUAAUUAUCGCCCUAUUAGCCUGACCUCAGUAACAUGCAAGUGUCUAGAGCGAAUAAUUGCCCGUCACCUGACAGACUACCUCGAGAGCAACAAUAUCUUGUCUGACCACCAAUUCGGGUUUCGUGCAGGUCGCUCAACCAUGGACCAACUACUGCUGGUUUACGAUGACGUUUCCAGACACAUUGACAGGGGCGACACCGUUGACGUCAUCAUGUUUCACUUCUCCAAGGCCUUCGACGUAGUAUCUCACCCUAUUCUGCUCACCAAAUUACAUUUGCUAGGGAUCAAUACCCCCCUCAUCCGCUGGAUCGAGGACUUUCUUGUUGGUCGCCGCAUGUCAGUCCAGGUAAAGGGAAAGACAAGCAGCCAGCGCAACGUCUCGAGUGGCGUACCCCAGGGUUCUGUCCUCGGACCAAUUCUUUUUCUUAUUUUCGUCAACCAUGUCGCAAGUAACCUCCUCUGUCAGUAUAAAAUAUUUGCAGAUGACCUGAAGAUCUACAUGACAAUACGCCACGACAGUCCAGCUAACUACUGUCGUGAUUCACAGGCUUGUCAGAAGGACAUAACGAUGCUACAACGCACGGCAGAGUCCUGGUGUCUCUACUUAAAUCUGAAAAAAUGUGUGGUCAUCCGCUUUCAAAGAAGGUCCCAUGUCCUACCUCCCCCGUCCUAUCACUUAGACCAAACAUCGAUUCAGGUCGUGAAAUCCCACACUGAUCUCGGGGUUCUUAUUGAUUCUGACCUGAAGUUUCACCAGCAUGUGGCUUUGACAGUGCAAAAGGCUGCUGGCCUUACCCAAAACUUGUUAAGGUCAACUGUCUGCAGAUCCCCUGAUUUCAUGCUCACUUUAUUCAACACUCAUGUAAGACCCAUCAUGGAAUACUGCUCAUGUGUAUGGCACACUGCGUAUAUAGGGGACGUGCGCCUCCUCGAAUCUGUUCAACGCCGUUGGACUAAAAAGAUCUUAGGCAUGGGAGAGCUUGAUUAUAAAUCCCGGCUUAGGGCUCUGAACCAGUACUCGGUCCAGGGCAGACUUCUACGUGCCGAUCUGAUUCAAUAUUGGAAGAUUUUCCACGCAAAGUGUUGUAUAGAUGCCACUACCAUGUUCGAACUUGAUCCCUCGUCUAGUACCAGAGGCCACAGGUUCAAAAUCCGCCACACUCGAGCACAAACUGAUGUCAGGACCAGGUCCUUCAGCAAGCGUUGUAUCACCGCUUGGAACGCACUCCCUGACCAGGUCGUAGGUGAACCCGACCUGAGCAGGUUCAAGGCCAUGUUGGCUGACUCGAUGGGUGAUGCCUUGUUCUCUUAUCAUAUGUGAUGGCUAUUGCGUUGACCUGUUUCCCCUAAUUUGUGUUUGCAUUAUUGUAUACGAUCUCUUAUUGUAUGUAUCAUGAAACUAUAGCAAAAUUCGUGUUUGUCACUAUGCAGGCUCUUGUUCCCGGCUUGGCAGCACCCCUUGUGGUGUCUCCGCCGGGCGAGCCCUACGUUCGCGGGUUCCUUCCUCACGUAUCCUAUGCACAUCCUCUAUGCUGUACUCUGGAAGGCAGGGAACCCCCAACAGGAGACUGCAGACUGCAGAACGGGCUGAAUAAAAACAAAAUGAAAGCAUUGAAGUGGGCCCAGAAGACAUACCUGAAGUUCCCAAUAGAUCCAGUGAAGGAAAACUUUGUGAGACCUAAUGUCAAGGGAGCCAUAUUCUCUGCUGCAUCUCCCACACCACUGAAGGAGACCAGCCUUGCUUGUUUCUCCUCUGAUGUUUUCAAGAACAUACUGCAGCUGGAUCCAGCAAUGUCCAGUGAUAAAACAUUGAUAGACAUUCUGUCAGGGAACAAAGAGGUGCCAGGAUCCACGCCUCUGGCCCACAGAUAUGGUGGACAUCAGUUUGGCAACUGGGCUGGUCAGCUAGGUGAUGGCAGAGCUCAUCUCAUUGGAGAAUGCACAGACAGGGCUGGAGAGAGAUGGGAGUUGCAGCUGAAGGGGUCUGGCAAGACACCCUACUCGCGGUUCGCCGAUGGCAGGGCAGUUGUGCGAUCCUCAGUAAGGGAGUUUCUUUGCUCAGAGGCCAUGCAUCAUCUAGGCGUUCCGACGUCUCGCGCCGGAGCUCUGGUGGUCUCAGACGACACUCUACUACGGGACCCGUUCUACGAUGGUCGCCCGCGGCGGGAGCGCGCCGCCGUGCUGCUCCGCCUCGCACCCUGCUGGUUCCGUUUCGGCUCUCUGCAGAUGCUGGCCGCUGACGGCGAUGAAGGGAGUCUGCGCCUACUGGCUGAUUUUGUUUGUGAGCGGUACUACACGGAGGCGGCGGCUAGAGAGGGUGGUCGCCGCUACAGCCGGCUCGUGGAGGACGUGGGCCGACGCACCGCGCGUCUCAUCGCCGCCUGGGAGAGCGUCGGCUUCACCCACGGCGUGAUGAAUACGGACAACAUGAGCCUGCUGGGACUGACGAUCGACUACGGGCCGUUCGGGUUCCUCGACCGGUACGACCCCAACUUUAUAUCCAACUCGUCUGACUCGUACGGAGUGUACCGGUUCGCCCACCAGGCUCGCGUCGGUCAGUGGAACCUGUGCCGACUCUGGGAGGCGCUCAUGCCCGUCAUACCAGAGGAGGAGCAUGGCCACAUAGAGCGCGUGCUGCAGAUUUACGUGCAAGAAUAUGAGACUCACCGUGGUGAACUGCUGUCUCGGAAGCUGGGCCUCAACCGGAGCACGUCUGCGGUGAAGUUGGCCGACCGUCUCUUGGAGCUGAUGUUGGCGGCUCGGGCUGACUUCACGAUGACGUUCCGUCAGCUGGGUGACGUGUCUCUGGAGGCGCUCAAGGCCGGCCGUGUGGAGGGCCUCUGGGCUCUCCCGUCUCUGACCGCCGCCGACGGCUGGUCGGACUGGCUGACAGACCUGCGGGCAGAGAUGGACCGUCAGGGGCUGUCCGACGCCCAGCGAAGGGCCACCGCUGCCGGCGCCAACCCGCGGUACAUCCUCCGCAACUGGCUGGCACACGAGGCGGCCGAGGCGGCGGAGCGGGGCGAGUUCGAGCCUCUCCGUCAGCUACACACGGUCCUCAGCAGACCGUUCACAGAACAGCCGGCAGCCGAGGAGGCGGGGUACGCCAAACCGCCGCCCGACUGGGCCUGCACGCUCCGGGUCAGCUGCUCCAGCUAGCUGCGAGUCGUCUGAGGGCCUGCACUUACGGUGAGGAAUCUUCGAAACUUCCCUGGCCAGUGUUGGUUGGAAGACAGACGGGGAAGGGCUGGGGUUGUUGCUCUGUUAUUUUGUGCUAUGAGAUCGUACCGCAUUACAAGUGCGGGAAUGUUAUACAAUGAAGAUGAUGGAAGGCUCGUAUAUAGGAUAUUUUAGGAUGUUUGUACGGUAUAAUGCAAAGCGUCGAAGCCCGUGCGCUUAUGUAUCGUGAUUUACUGAGUCCUAUGGGCGCGUUUUUGUCGAUAAGUGUAGAAUUCGUAUAAAUUUAGCGUUGUUGCAGCAGCUACUUUCGUUCCUGUAAUGCAGGGGCGGGCAAACUUUUGGGAGCGCGGGCCGGGUGUUGCAUUUGUGAGCAACUGGGGGGGGGGGGGGCCUGAGUGCUAAGCUCGCCAGAGCUUCGUUUGUUAAUGACUAAAAUGGAUGCUAUGUUGCUAUGGCGCGACUGACCAACGACGGGCAAUGACUGGCUCAUGACAGAGACAAAUACCUAUAGUUACACUUACAAA